GUGCCGACGACGGCACCGAGCGGCUGGCUCCUCAUACCCACAGCGCUUGGAUCUGAGAAAGCCCUCGAGCCACGCAAGGCUGCGCGUCGACGCCGAAGCGCCUCCGACUUGCGCACGGCUGCUGACCGGAACACGCCUGACCACCCGCAGCGGUAAAAUAGCCGCGCGGAGAGCGCGCCAUCGACGCGGGCCUCGAGGGCCGUCGUAGACUAAACGCCGUCGACGCCCGGGGUAGAAUAAACGCCGUCGACGCGCGCGCAUCGCCGCGCCGAGUCGCCGGUCGCAACCAUUUGGCCCCGCACGCGCCAGCGAAGGGCGUUAAGCGCCGACAUGUCCGAGCCCUACGCGCGCAAGGGCGGCGGCACGGCCCAUGGCCGGACGCCCUACCGCCAAGUUUCGCAAGAUGACACUGAUGGUAGUGGCGUCAGAAGAGCAAGGCUCGCGACGUGGUCCAAGCUCCCCGAAUCCCUCAACUUCACCACAGAAGAAAAUGAAGUCUGGCGCACGAAGCACGCCCAGCUCCAGUACACGAACCGAAAUAGGUGGUGGACGUCGCACAACGCCGUCGUGUUCAAACGGUGGGUCCUGACGUUUAUUAUUGGCGUCCUGGCUGGCUUAGUUGGUACAUUUAUUACGUUCUUCACUCGUAAACUAACCGACUACAAGUUCGAGAAAGUGCGACGCGUCAUGGAUGCGGAGGACGAGGGUACCUACCGAGGCUCUUCGUUCUUCUGCUACCUCGGCUUUAACUUAUUAUACGUCUCUGUCGCUAUACUAUGUGUAUAUAUAGAACCGGUAUCCGCCGGCUCAGGAAUCCCGGAGGUGAAAUGUUACCUUAAUGGUAUAAAUGUACCUCGUAUAGUACGAGUACGCACCUUGUUCUGCAAGGCCUUUGGCGUACUCUUUAGUGUAGCCGCAGCGCUACCCGUGGGCAAGGAGGGCCCCAUGAUCCACUCUGGGAGUGUUAUUGGUGCUUCACUGGCCCAAGGCACUAGAGGCCUGUUCGGUACAUUGGGUGAUACGCGAGUCUUAGAGUUUCGCAGUGACCCGGAAAAGCGGGACUUCGUCGCUUGUGGGGCCGCAGCAGGCGUCGCCACGGCCUUUGGGGCGCCGAUUGGGGGUGUUCUGUUCGCCCUGGAGGAAGGCGCAAGCUUCUGGUCGACACAACUAACGUGGCGCGCGUUUUUUUGUGGCAUGAUCACGAUCUAUACGUUAUAUGUCGUACGGACAUCGGAGGACCUGUGGGGCAGCGCCGACUCGACGAAGAUGUUUUCCUUUGGCGAGUUCACUUAUAAAACGUCAGACGGCAAGGCCAAUUUCAGUGUGUGGGAGUUGUUGCUGUUCACGGCGCUGGGGGCGCUGGGCGGCCUGGCCGGGGCGCUGUUCAACCAUUUGAACAAGCGACUGACGCAGUGGCGCAUGCGGCACUGCGCGUCGAAGGCGCUGCGAGCUUUGGAAGCCUGGGCCGUCUGCGUCGUCUGCAGCACGGUCAUGUACGUCGUGCCCUGCCUCUGGCGGCGGUGCACCCCCAAGCCGCUCGUACAAGUCACGUGGACGCAGUUCGAGAAAAACUUGGUCGAAGAUUUAGUUCCGUUUGGCUGUCCCGCGGAUUCCUACAACGAGGUGGCUUCGUUGUUUUUCACGGACUCCGACACGGCCAUCAAGCAGCUGUUCCACUUUCGGGAGUCGGGCGUCUUCAAUCAGGACGUCCAGACUUUUAGUUCAUUAGCCAUUGCUACCUUCUAUGUACCUUAUUUCUUGUGCGCGUGCCUGACGUAUGGCAUCGCCGUGCCCUCGGGCUUAUUCGUACCUUCACUGUUGGGAGGAGCUGCUCUAGGUAGACUCGUCGGGCACCUCCUCCACCGAUUAGACGCGCAGUCGGGCACCUUCGCGGACGCCGGCACGUAUGCGCUCGUGGGAGCCGCCGCGGGCCUCGGCGGCAUGGCGCGGAUGACCAUAUCAUUAUGUGUUAUUUUGCUCGAAGCGACGGGCAACAUCUCGAACCUAUUGCCAUUAAUGCUGGCGCUGAUGGCGGCGCGCUGGGUCGGCAACGUUUUUAAUGAAGGGUUGUAUGAUGUACAUAUCCACUUGAAGAAGAUGCCGAUUCUUGAGGAGGAGGUACCUGCUGCCGCUGCAGAGAGAACCGCGCACGCGGCCCAGGUCAUGGCAGCGGACCCGGUCUGCUUCGCGCCUCUGGUCACGGUGGGCGACGCGUACGACGUCCUACGAAGCUGUCGGCACGCGUGCUUUCCCGUCGUCGCCGGCGGUGGCUCGACACAGCUCGCUGGUACGGUUUUACGUUCAACAAUAUGCAUGCUCAUCCAGCACCGGGCCUUCGGCGCGCCGGGCGACGACCCUACCUCGAGAAAUGACUUACGAACAAGAGCUCUCUCCCCGUUACUCUCGUCCGCGGUCUUCGAGCGGGCCUAUCCGAGGUUCCCGACCGUCGAUGAGUUAGACGUCUCGGAGACCGAUAGAGGGUGCUGGCUCGACUUGCGACCUUAUGCCGACACGGGACCGGUGACGAUCCAAGACUGCGCGUCGAUACAGCGCACAUAUAGAGUCUUCCGCACGCUGGGGCUGCGCCAUUUAGUCGUCGUCGACGCGGGCAAUAAAGUGCGCGGCAUCAUCACGCGCAAGGACCUCGACCACCACACGCUUGAAGAAAGAUUAGCGUGGGCCGCGAACGAGGCCGAGAACCUCGAGAGCUUCUCGGUGGAAGCGCACCCGUCGACGAUGGCGCGCUUCAGCGUCGCGUGAGGAGUAAGGGGC